AUGGACAAUGUGCUAUAUACUAUCUGCGCGGACAAUAAGAUACGGAUAUGGGCUCCAAUGGAACGUCAUGGCUUAUCUGUGCUUCAACUUUGGAACGAAAUUGACAUGGCGGCCUCUAUUCAGCCCAGGAACCCAUUGCCAUCAAAUGAGGCAAUGAGACGCUAUGGGUUCAUCAUCGAUAGUCGGGAUUUUGCGAAAGCCAUGGAACGCGCUGUGCAGUGCGGAGACUCGAAAGAUAAAAACCACCCUGCCCUCGAACACCUUCUCGAAGUUGCCGCGAAAGUUCCUGAAAUUUGUGUCGUCCUCGAUGGUAGAGGACAUAUGUGCGCCUGGGGGCUUGAGAACGUGGGCUGCAAAGUCCGGUCACCUGCAAACAUCUUCAAUAUCGCCCAUGUUGAAGGGCUGCACUUGUCGCUUCCUUCGGGAGUUCUUCCCCGUGAGGAUUAUGCUCGAUUUUAUUCUUUCGCGGGGGGUGUAUUCGAUGAUUCCUUUACAAUUCUGGCUCAUUACUUUGACGGGCGGAUCGAAUGGCUGGAUUCUAAGAUACAUACCCUUUUUGAUCCGACUCCCAGGAAAAAGAGACUGAUUUCGAGGGCGAUUUGGUCAGGCCACGGGGGAGCAGUGAAGAAAAUUGUUCGUACGCCUGUUGGCAAGAUGUUGAUUUCCCGUACGGAUGAUAAUAAGGCAAUGAUUUGGCGGCAGCGCUCCUCCAGUACCGGUUCCGUUCUUGUACAACAAAGUUCUCUUCUGUCAGAUCUACACAUCCAUCGAACGUUUUUGCUGGAUGAUGGGAAAUUUUUGGUUAAUUUGCACCACAACGGCAUUUCUCUUUGGGAUGUCCGUUCAUUUCAUGGAACUCUCCUCGAUCAGUGUGAUUUUCAAUUGAGCAGCAAGCCAUUAUGCGUCUUGUUCGUACCAACUACGGAUAUCGAACCCUCAACAGUGUAUAUAGCAGCCAUCGGGGUCGAUAUGGCUGGAAUUGCGUGGGAAAUCGAUCUUCCCGGAAACCACAGCCAUGUCAAUGGCGUGAAUGGGAACCGCAAAUACUUACGUCAAUUUUGUAUGUUUAACCUUGGCGUGAAGGAGGAUGUUUCGUAUAUCAUUCCCGUCGACCCGGCCGGGAGCCGAGUGAAAACAUCUGGCUUCCUCGAUCUCUUUGCCACGGACAUCGCCCUAUCUUAUACCCACAGUGGAACGGUCAGAACAUGGACUGCCAAAGUCGACAAACAAAAUCAAAAAAUUGAGUGGCUAUUGACGUCCACUGUUGAAACGGGAAUCGUUAACCCUUCCCUUGCAAGCGCAACGUCGAUGCGCAAGGCUGCACUUAUUGACCAAAAUCGGACCCAUCUAAGUAUAUGGGACACAAACGGGGCACAGCUAGAGUUUGAAGAGCACUUUCCACAGCAUGAUAUUAUCCAAGACCUCGACUGGACAUGCACUCCCGAUGCUCAAUUCAUACUUGCCGUUGGGUUCCCAAGGAAGGUGGUCCUCCUUUCCCAACUACGAUACGAUUAUCUCGAUGCAGGCCCUUCUUGGGCCCAAAUCAGAGAGAUCCGAAUGCAAGAUCUUACACCACACCCUAUUGGCGACUCCUGCUGGCUAGGCAACGGAAAUCUAGUGGUUGGAGCUGCCGGCUCAAUGGCCCGUUACCUGUGUUUCACCCUCAGUUCCUCGCUCAGUAUGUUCCAGCAUAUGACGUGGAAGGAAAUGCAUUCGUCCAGUACGGACUACUCGUUUGAAGCCGAGCCACAUGUAGUCGAUGAGACCGUUGCCGCGUCGCUCAACGAAUACCUGUCGCGCAUCGUUCUUGCGCAGUUAUCAAGCACGGAACAGUUUCGCCUAGUGAACAUCGUGGAAUGCGUUGCUACCGUUGAGAAACACCGUCGUUCUAUGGACGACAAUGCAGCACGAUACCUUUUAUUUUUCAGACAGCAUAUGAUCAGACGAAGUCAGAAACUACCAGAGGUUUCUAAUAUCUCAUGGCGCGAAAUCGUUUGGGCCUUUCAUAGCGACAGUCACGAAAUCCUUGCUGACCUAGUUUCUCGACAAUAUAAUGGCAGGAUGCUUUGGGAGAAUGCCCGUGAGAGCGGUCUAUUCAUGUGGAUUACUGACAUCAAUACAUUGCGAACACAACUCGAAGUUAUUGCACGUAAUGAAUAUGGAAAGACGGAUGAAAGAAAUCCAAUCGACUGCAGCUUAUAUUAUUUGGCCCUUAAGAAGAAGAACAUUCUGCAAGGCCUUUGGCGUAUGGCAAAUUGGCACCGUGAACAAGCGGCAACAUAUCGGCUCCUGUCGAAUAAUUUCAAAGAGCCGCGUUGGCAGUCAGCGGCUCUGAAAAACGCAUAUGCUUUGCUUGGCCGACGAAGAUUUGAGUACGCGGCAGCAUUCUUCCUUUUGGCAGACCACCUACGAGACGCUGUAAACGUGUGUAUAAACCAGCUAAAAGAUAUUCAACUUGCUAUUACUAUUGCACGUGCAUAUGAAGGUGAUGACGGGCCGGUACUCAAAGAAAUUCUAGAAGAACAUAUUCUUGUGGCUGCGGCUACAGACGGCAACAGGUGGAUGGCAUCCUGGGCGUUUUGGAUGCUAAAUAGGCGAGAUAUGGCCGUACGCGCGCUGAUAUCCCCUGUCGAAACUCUUUUGCCUCCCACGCCUGGCUCCCCAGGUAGUUCUACUGGUGUCUCCCUUCAUGCCAGAUCCUAUCUAUCCAAUGACCCAGCUCUCGUUGUUUUAUACGAACAACUUCGGGAAAAGACGCUCCAAACCCUCAAGGGUGCCUCAAAGGUUGCCGCCCGGGACGAGUGGGAAUUUGUGAUUCGAAAUGCGCGGCUUUACGACAGGAUGGGUUGCGACUUAUUAGCCCUGAGUCUUGUUCGUAACUGGGAGUUCUUGAGACCUCCUCUUGUCGAAACACUCCCGUCACGGCUGUCGAUAGGGCUGUUAGAGAAUGUGCCAAACCCUAAUAAACUGCUUAAACGAAGAAGCAGUUUAGUCGUUGCAGAUAUGCAUUUAUCUCCCGGCUUACAGGAGGAGAUAAGGAAGGCAGCCACAGACGUCGCGGAUAAGCAAGCACGUGCCGCGCAUGGUACGCAGCCUCCGCCGACUACGUUUGAGGAGCCAGAUACGAGUUCUUUGCUAGACAGUUUUGGGUUUUAA